CUCGCCUCGCCUCGCAUGCUGUACGACGUGAGGGUUCAAUCUGGUGUGACUGGUUGGAAAAGAAUGUUCUAGCCGUCGUGGGGAUAUGAUCAGCCAUGUUUGAGAUGCUUGACGGACAACAAACUUUAUCACCAACUUCUCCCGCCUGACUACACUCUAUCCAAAUCACGACCUAUCGUUCGACCUCACCCCACAUGCUGCUCUACACCUCACAUCUGCUGGAUAGGAGACACGUGUAUGAGUGACGACUCUGUUGGCUCGUACACCGCCUGCAGCCGUCCGGCAAACAUGCCCUUCAACAAGCCGUUUGUUCCCGAGCUUUCGAACGCCUCUUCACAUCACCUCCCAUCACUUUCUCCCAGUUUCGAAAAAAGCAUCCCAACUUAAAUCCCCGAAAAAGACCAGUGAAAACAACCACCAUGUGCAUCGCCAUCCUCACCACCGCGCACCCAGACUACCCCUUCAUCCUGCUGAACAACAGAGACGAAUACCUGCACCGCCCAACAGCCGAAGCAACAUGGUGGCCAUCCCCCGACUCCCAGGUCCUAGGCGGCUACGAUCUGCACCGCCCCGUCCACGGGACCUGGCUCGGCGUAACACGCCAGGGCCGCAUCGCCGUACUAACAAACUACCGUGAAGAAGACGAAUCCAUCGUCAUCGGCGCCCGUAGCCGCGGCCUCAUCCCAAACGCCUGGCUGAAAAGCAACCCCGAGGACCAGGAAUCCACGCCCCAGUUCGCCCGCCGCAUCAUCGAAGAAGACGGCGUCAAGGGCGUGGGCGGCUUCUCGCUGUGCUACGGCUUCGUGCAGGAUGUCGUCAAGAAGGGUGAAGGGUUAGCGAUAGUCAGCAACCGCACGCCCAACGUCCAGGACGUGAUCCGCCUCCUCCAGAACCCCGGGGAAACGCACGCCCUCAGCAACGCCGCAUACGGCGACCGCUCGUGGCCCAAAGUCGUAAACGGCGAGUCCUGGACCGCAGCCGCUAUCCAGCAAUCCAUCGAGGCGAACGAUACCCGCGACCAGCUCGUCGAGCGCCUCCUCGCCGUCCUCUCAACAGAUACCAUGCCCCGCCAGAAAGAGAAUGAGGAGUGGGACAUGUACCUCAACCAGCUGCGGCACAGUAUCCUCGUCCCAGCUAUUGGUCGCGAGCAUCUCGACGAGCAUAAAAUGCCUGCCCAUGAGGUUGGUGAUGUGGUGAAGCAGAAAGCUGCUGAUGCGACGAGUGGGUGCUAUGGCACGCAGAAGAAUAUCGUGUAUUUGGUUGAUCGGGAGGGGAGGGCGCUUUAUUUCGAGAGGACGCUGUUUGAUGGGGAGGCGAGGCCGGUUGCGAAGGGAGAGGGGGAUAGGGUGUUUGAGUUUGGGAUUGAGGGGUGGUAGUGGGCUGGUGGUAUUGCGUGCUGUGCUUAUUUGUGUGUUUUUCUUGCCAAGUUGUGGUUUCGCCUUUCUCGAUGUGGCUGUUCUUUUUACUCUCCAUGCCACUUCACUGCGAUGUCCAAUGCAUCUACUCUAUCCAGCUUGUCUCAUCUCGCCUCAACUCCACACCUCACACACCAUGUG